AUGGCCGCCUCAGCCCAGAACAGCAACGGUCCCAUCAGUGACGAAGAUAUCAACGACUGGAAGAACCGCUUCAACGAAGUCCUAGCCAAGCCCAACGACCACGUCAACUCCAAGUCCCCCGAGGGAUCCCAGCCCUGGACCAACUCCCUCUUUGGCUGCUUCAACCCCAUAGACCUCUGCUUGAUGACAUGGUGUCUGCCCUGCGUCACCUUUGGCAAGACGCAUCACCGCAUCCGCAAGGAUGCCAACCUUCAGGGUUAUGAUCCUAUCAACACCUCUUGCCUCAUGUUUUUUGGCUCCGCCUGUGUCGGUCUGCACUGGAUACCCAUGUCGAUGCAGCGCGCGGAUAUCCGCAACAGGUACCACUUGCAGGGAAGCUGCCUCGUCGAUAUCGCCACAGCUUGCUGCUGUGGCGUCUGUGAUCUCGUUCAGCAGGACAAGGAAGCUACGCAGCGAGAGCUGCUGAUGCACGCUGGUGGGGACAAGCAGCAGUCCACGCCUAUGAUGAGAAGGCCUUAUCGCGUUCGGAGAAAGUGA